ACUCUCUUGGCAGUUUUGGGAUCAGGGGUAUUAGGCUUCUUCGAGCCCCAUUCAUCACACCAGUUGGAAAUGACAGUUUUGAGGGCAAGAUUAGGGAUGAGGGCUGAAACGUCUAAUUGGGUGGAGGUCAUGGCCAUGGCUCCCAUUUCCUUAUAGGCCUCGAUGCAUCUCCUCUCAAAGGUCGGUCCAGAAGAAACAAUGAUUGGGUCAACCAUUGGAGCCAUGCAGAUGGGGUACUGGAACUCCAAUGGCCAUUCUCAUCGAAACUUCAAUGGCUGAAAAGAAACUUCAGAGAGAUCGUCCACCUUGCUUUCCUGCUACCCAUUUCAAGCUCAAUCCUCAAAACCCUAAAAACUAACUUCUCCAACCAUCAAACCCAAGCCGGAUUGAUCAGUUAUAGCCAAGAAAUGCAGAGUUCUCCUCAUAGAGAAACUAAUGCCAUAGAGUAAAAGAAAACCUAACCAAAUUCACUAUAGAGAUUUGAUGAGCUUCAAGAAUCUCAAGAACCCAACCCUGGUCACUUCAUAUGCAAAGAAGGAAACCCAACUGUAAAUUUACAGAGAUUUGAUGUCCCGGUGGUUUUCUUCUCGUCCACCCAAAAAGAAAGAAAAAACUGAUGUAUUCCUAAAUGGAAGAGGAAAAGAAAAACCACCUCGUUUGAUCAGCGAUUCUUGAAAACCCAAAUAUUCAGGUCAAUCUCGUCUGACCGGGUGGUUUUGAUCAGAGAUUCUUAAAAACCCAAAUAUUUAGGUAAAUCUAGACGACAAAUGAAAAGAAAAACCAGCACGUUUUCUUCACAGAGAUUUGAUGAUCUUGAGGAUUCUCAAAACCAAGAAAAACCAGCUCGUUUUUUUCUUACAGAGAUUUGAGGAGCUUUGAGAGGAUUAGAGAGAGAGGCGUGUAAGGAGAUGAGGGAAAAGCAGGAAGGAGUGGGAAGAGCGUGAGGGUUAGAGAGAGAGAGCCGCGAGAGGGUAAAAUUUGAAGAGAGACACGACUUAAGCCGAAAAGAUUUGAGUCUGACUUGAAUAGUUUUUAACUCGUGGUUUUGAAGGUAAAGUGAUAUCUUUUUGGAUGAAUUAUAACUUUUUAUGAGGUUAUCCAAACGGUUCGGACUUUUUAUUUCAAUAUUUUUUUCUUGUCAUUUGAGGUUAACCAGCCCCAGUAAGUUUCUCUUUGAUAACUUCAUUGCAAGUUUUUUGAAACGCUGAUUUAGAAGUGCAUCGAUAGAGACGCUCACAGCUUUUCCCCCUCUGCGCCAAAAAGUUUAACAUGCAACUGGAAUGGCCAUUUCCAGAUGGCGGAGAUGUCUUCUCUAUCUGCCUCUCCUUCUCUCUCUGCCUCUUCUCUUCUCAGUCAUGGAGUUAACGCAUUUGCAUACUGCAAAUGUGGUCUCAUCGCCCUCAAAUCCCAAGAAAUUUGAUCAUCUCGUCCUUGGCCCAGCUGCUGGACGAGGCCUUCCCAAUCGUGUGCAAUGUCAAGGUCACAAAGCAAUAAAUUGGACACCGUUUUCAACAUUUUCUCCAAUGCAUGAUAUCCAUGAAAGUACCUCUUUUGUUACUGUGUUCUCAUUGUACAAUAAUUCCCCUGGGUUUGGAUCACCUGAUCAUCGCAAGAGUUCAGAUAUUGUGAUUGUAGGCAAUGCUGCCUAUGAUAAGCCAGGACGUUCUUUGGCUCUUUUGAAUGCCUUUAUCAAGUUCAUCGAGGUGUCAAUGCCCAGAAGCAAUGUCAUUAUUUUGACUGCUCUCGAUUCUGAGCUUCAUGUUCAUCAAAAGAAUGUCGAGGUAGUGCCUGUUGAAGGAGACUUCUCACGAGGGAAUUUGAUGCUUCAAAGAAUGCGGUCUUACAUUGUUUUUUUGGAAUCAAGGCUCAAACGAAUUCUGCAUGGACAGCAUGAUACCAAUCAUUUCAUUUUCACUGAUUCAGAUGUGGCAGUGGUGGAUGACCUCGGGCAUAUUUUUGAGAAGUAUCUUCAUUUUGAUCUGGCUGUCACUUUUCGCAAUAAUAAAAAUCAACCUUUGAAUUCUGGGUUUAUUGCAGUGAGGGGAACAAUUGAUGGGAUUUCAAAGGCAAAAGCUCUUCUAGAGCGAGUCUUGAAUGUGUAUAUUUUGAAAUUCGGGAAUGCUUCCCGCAUGCUUGGAGAUCAGCUAGCUCUUGCUUGGGUUAUAAAAUCUCAUCCGUCAUUUGAUGCAAAACGAUUUUCUAGACACGAGGCCUUUGUAGAUGAAAUUCAUGGAGCAUUGGUGCUAUUUUUACCAUGUGCUGUUUACAAUUGGACGCCACCAGAAGGUGCAGGCCAGUUUCAUGGCAUGCCUUUGGAUGUAAAGGUUAUUCAUUUCAAGGGCUCAAGGAAGCGGUUGAUGCUUGAAUCUUGGAACUUGUUCAACUCAUCCUCCCCUGUCAACUUUUUCAAUAUUUUAUGUGUGAUAUUAAAAAGUGGGAGGACAAAGUAUGAUUUUUAAGAACUUUUCUGGAAACUGGACUGCUGAACAAAAUAAUUAUAUACCUAGCAACAUCGGGGAGUCGCAAACUAAGGAUGGACUGGUAUGAUGGGGGAUUGAUGGGAAGCAUGUUUUUCUUUUCUUUGAACGCAUGAAGAAUAUGUUGUACCAACACCUGUGGGCUUUCUUGAUCUUCACCCAUCAAAUUUUCUAUUUUCUGGACACGAUGCCAUGGAUUUCAUAUUUCUGCAUUUUUUAUUUUUGGCCAUUUGACUUA